AUGUCUGCUGAAUUGGCUCCUUGGGACCUUCAUUCUGUAAGGUUACCAGAGCCAUGGAAAACAACCUAUGAGAUUGAGAUUGCAUCUGGAGCAAACAAGAUACUCACUCUAAAAUUAGUACUCGCUGCACAACAGCUGUCAGGUUCACAGAAUCUUCCUGAGCCUCUGCACAACGCUUCACUCGCAUUCAGCGACCUCAUUAAUGACCCAAGCCCGACCAUAUUAGAAGCAGAUGACAACUCAGCUUGGGCCCGAUUUCAUCUGAAUUUGUUAUCUUAUGUUUCGUGGAGCGGUGCUGAGGCUCCCUCCGUUGGUCAGAUCUGGGCCUUAAUCUAUGCAAUCUUUACUCAAUACCCCGAAAAUGAGGCAUUCAGACUUAGGCUUACUGGUACCAGCAGUGUUGGCCUGGCGACAGAGAUCCUUGCUACUGGUAUCGCAACUCCACGACCUAGACAAUCUCGUCCUGGACAUGCUCUAGAUCCACCAACCGACUCUCAGGUCUUAGUUUCUCGCUCGGCAUUCUGGCAAGGAGCAGCCUCGCCGUUUGGAACACGUCCUGUCUGGGUGAGCCAUCCAAGUCUCUACAGCCACCUAUCAAAGCCACUAGCCGCAUACCCCGCCUAUCCUUUAGAGUAUACAGUCACUUUCAGCUCCGAAGGUCGUCCCGUACAUGCACAACACCCUGUUCGACCACCGAAGCCACCUCGUAGCGCAACCAUCUACAGUCGUUAUAUCCCAGAGCUAGACGAGUUCUUGUCCAUGGACCAGUUAGACUGGCAGAAUGAAUCCCAUCUGCAACUAUUUAAUCAUUGGCAGAAUGAUCCUAGAGUAUCUCGAAGUUGGAAUGAGACUGGUACUUUAGAACAGCAUCGAGAGUACUUGCGGAAGAUUGACGAAGAUGCACACCAGAUGGCUAUUCUAGCCCGCUUUAAUGGAACCUAUUUUGCGUACUUUGAGACAUACUGGGCAAAGCUCCAGGAAGAUCAUAUGGGUGUUUACAUCUCCCCUGCACCCGGUGAUUGGGACCGUGGAAGGCACUCGCUAGUUGGAGAUGUGCGAUACCGGGGACCAGACCGAGCUUCAAUUUGGUGGACUUGUUUGAUUCACUAUCUCUUCCUAGAUGACCCUCGAACAACCACGGUGGUUGGUGAGCCAAAUUACAGCAAUGAAAAAGUGCUCAGCUAUGAUAUGGCUAAUGGCUUUCACAUUCACAAAUUAGCAGACCUUCCCCAUAAACGUUCUGCUAUCAUGCGAUGUGAGCGGAUCAGAUUCUUCCAGACAGCUACUUUUGCGUUAAAGGGCGCAAAUGCUAAGGCGUCCCUGUUGAAGGCGCGGAAGACACGGAGACAGGCCAGAGCAAAAGAGAAAAUACAGGCUAAACUAUAG